CUGCCUCUGCUGCCUGACAUGCCUGUAAUGAUAUGUGACAAUUUGGAUGUGCAAGGGGGCAUCAUCAAUGGCAGUCACAGCAUUCUGAGACAUGUGCAGUACAUGGAAGAUGAAGAAGGACUGCGAUAUGCUACUAGUGCAGUCGUUAGCAUUCCAGACUCUUCUCCUGACACCUUCGCAGAUCUCCCUCCACAUGAUUGUGUGAUACUGCAAAAACCGUCAGCUAUGAAAGUCAUCCAC